ACCGAGGCGACGGGAUUCGCACCCAACUCUCUCUCAGGCCGACGAAGCGUGCCCUAAAAGCGGAGAACUCUUCUCGUCGGCCAUCUCUCGAGCUCUCUCUCCCCCUUCCUUCCUCGAUCUCGCUUCUGAAGAAGGGGGGCAAAACCAUGUCCGGAUCGUACGGCUCCGGUGGAGUUAACGAUUCUGCCCCGCCACCCCGCGGUGGCGGAUACGGUAGAGGAGGCGGUGGGGGAUACGGUGGAAAUCCAUCGAAUCGAGGCGGCGGCGGUGGAUACGGCGGUGGUGUCGGUGGAUAUCAAGGCGGCGACCGCGGCAACCGGGGAGGCGGCGGGUACCGUGGUGGGGGUCGUGCCGGCGGCGGUGGCCGGGAAGGGGAUUGGCUUUGCCCGGACCCUAGUUGUGGGAAUCUGAACUUUGCUCGAAGAUCCGAGUGCAACAAAUGUGGUGCUACAAAACCUGGCGGCGGCGGCACUGGCGGUGGCAGCAGAGCUGGUGGUUAUAACAGGGGAGGAGGGGGAGGGGGUGGUCGUGGUGGUUAUAAUCGAAGUGGUGGAGAUUAUAGCAGAGGAGGGGGUGGUCGUGGUGGUUAUAGUGGAGGUGGCGGAGGUUAUGACGCGAACCGUGGUAGUAGGAGUGAUAAUUAUGGUGGAAGAGGUGGUUCUUACAGUAGUAGUCAAAGUAGAGAUGGAGAUGAUUCUGCUUAUACUCAUGUUUCCCAGCCACCUGCGGCUUCGUAUGGUGGUGGCCCUAUGGGAAGUUACCCACCUCCUACAAACUCCUAUGGAGGGAAUGAUGCUUAUGAUGCGGAGCCUGUUCCACCAACCUUUAACUAUGGUGGACCACCUUCUUAUCCCCCUUCGUAUGGCGCCCCACCUCCCAAUCCCUAUGGAGGUGAAGCCCCCAUUGGUCGCGGGGCUCCACCAGUUGAUUAUGAUGGUGGGCAUGCUAAUCGUCCAAUCCCUGGCCGUGAUGGUGGUGCUCCUCCCCGCUAUGGGGAUGGUGGUUAUGGUGGUGCUCCUCUUGAGCCCAAUGUUCCGCUUAAGCAGUGUGAUGAAAAUUGUGGGGAAGCUUGUGACAAUUCAAGGAUUUACAUCUCAAAUUUGCCUCCUGACGUGACUACAGAGGAGCUUAGGGAGCUUUUUGGAGGAAUUGGGCAGGUUGGAAGGAUCAAACAAAAGCGAGGCUACAAGGACCAGUGGCCAUGGAAUAUUAAAAUAUAUACCGAUGAAUCUGGAAACAACAAAGGAGAUGCUGUGCUAUCUUAUGAAGAUCCUUCUGCUGCACAUUCUGCAGGAGGAUUUUAUAACAAGGUGGGAGAGGUGGAUAUGCUGGUGGUGGAGAUAGGCGUCGAGACAAUUACCGUGAUGGUGGGGGUCCUGGACCUGAUAGGUACCAUCAUGGAGGACAGCGCUCCCGUCCAUACUGAAAAGACGUUAUAUGUACUGAAAAUGUCAUCUCAAAGCUGUUUCUAUUCAUAUUCACAUGAGAUGUACUCAAAAGGAGCAGUUGAAGAGGCAAGUGGAAAUAAUCUUCAAAUUGCUGUUAUGUUUUAAAAUUACAGCCGGGCAUGUGAAACAUUAGGCUUCUGCUUUUUAUUCAUGCCAAGGGCGCUCGUCUGUGCACCAAGUCUGAAAAGCAGUGUUUGUUGGCUGAAUGCUGUGCUAUCCUCAUUGCAUCAGGAUUUUUUUUCCCCUCUAGCUUUCUGUGGUUGUAUUCUUGAUUCCAUCCUUUUCUUUUAUUUGUUCGCCUAUCACUAGAUAUCAUCAAAAAGUAUGCUUAUUGCGAAAGUGGUUUUUAUGG